AUGCUAACUCUUCUCUCCACUCUUAUGAAAACAUCACAAGAAGAUAUCACAAGAGCUGAAUAUAUGCAGAAUAUUAACACCAGUGAUGCUGAGAUCGUUUCACAUACUCUCAACGGUCUUAGCAAUGAGUACAAGGAUUUGAAUACAGCAAUAAGGACUCGGGAGACAGCCAUGACAUUUGAAGAACUUCAUGACAAACUCCUAGACCAUGAGACAUUUCUGAAACAUGAAGAGGGAAAGAAGACAGCCCCACUCAUCACAGCUCAGUACAAUCAACAUCGACCCAACAACAAGAACAGACCAAGGAAUGGACACACAAACAAUGGCAUAUGA